AUGUUAAGAAGAUUAACUACGUCAGUCCCAUCAAUCAACAAAUUGUAUUUUGCAUUCUCUGUAAAUGAAGGUAUAUAAUGUUGUUAAUCAGAAUAUAAGAUCUAAAUCCUCAAUCGACUCAAAGAAAUUAAACAUUCCAAUUCUUAGAAAGACAUUGUGUCCAAUGGUUACAUAGAAAAUCUAACAAUAGACUAAGGUAUUCCAAUGACCAAGUACUUUAGAUGGAAGAGUCAUUAUUGAUCUCAAAUUAGACUAAGAUUAUAGAAAGAUAAAAGCUCUUUGUUCAGAUGCUCUUAAACAAUAUGAAUGGAUUAAGAAUUUGGAUAUACGUAUGGCUCCAAAAAAAGAGAAUGUCUUUACUUAAACAAAUUCUUAGAAAAGAGGCAAUCUCUAGAAUGUCAAUAAAAUCAUAGCUGUGUCUAGUUGUAAAGGAGGAGUGGGUAAAAGUACAAUUGCAUUAAAUCUUACUUUUUCCUUGCAAAAAUUAGGUUUCAAAGUAGGAAUAUUUGAUGCAGAUGUUUAUGGUCCAUCUUUGCCUACCUUAAUUGGCAAAGAGAAAUAGUAAUUAUAUGCUCCAGAAGAUAAACCUAAAGAAAUUCUUCCUAUAGAAUUCAAUGGUGUUAAAACCAUGAGUUAUGGUUUUGCUAGUGGCAAUUAAAAAGCUAUAAUAAGAGGUCCUAUGGUUAGUAGUAUUGUUGUUUAAUUAGUACAACAAACUCAAUGGCAAAAUUUAGAUUAUUUAGUUGUCGAUAUGCCUCCAGGAACAGGAGAUAUAUAAAUCAGUUUAUGUUAAGAAUUAAAUUUUGAUGGAGCAGUAAUUGUUACUACUCCACAAAGAUUAAGUUUUAUAGAUGUUGUUAAAGGAAUAGAAAUGUUUGAUGUUCUUAAAGUGCCAACCUUAAGUGUGGUUGAAAAUAUGGCUGAAUAUGUCUGUCCAAAUUGUAAUCAUCUUCAUAAACCUUUUGGACCAGGUUAUAUAAAUAUGUUAUAAAAAUAAUUUGGGAUUGCUUCAGCACUCUCUAUACCCUUAUAUGGGGAUAUUUCUAAAUAUUCAGAUUUAGGAAGUCCUGUUGUAUUAACUUUACCUGAUGAUCACACUAUCAAUAAUAUAUAUAGACAAUUAGCUAAUAAUGUUGUUAAUGAAUUAAAUAGAACUGAUUUGACAAAGACUCCUACUGUCAGAUAUGAUACUGGCAAAAGACAGGUUAUUAUUAGAGAUUUUGAUGGAAAAGAAAAACCUAUAAAAUCAAUUGAACUUAGAUCUAAAUGCAAUUGUGCCUUAUGUGUAGAUGAAUUUACUGGAAAAAGAUUAAAUUAAGUAAAUUUGCUAACUUUAUUUAGAAAUAAAAACUUGAUUAAGAAGUUUAUCCAUAUAAGAUUGAACCAAAAGGAAACUAUGCUGUAGCAAUAGUUUGGUCUGAUGGUCAUCGUUCUUCUAUAUAUCCUUAUAAAAGAUUAUGGAGUGAUGAAAUUAUUGAACAUAAAUCAUGA